CAAUUUGCACAGCCGAAUUGCAUUGUUUAGGAGCUCAAUAUGUUGGGGAAUGUUUUGAAUAUGCGAAUUGUGUGUGGUUGUGAAUGUUUGGAAACGAUUUUCGCAUCAAGUUUGUGGUUCUCGUCGCCGUAUUGCCUCUUAUGGAAGACCCCAAACAAAACAAAAAAAGGAAAGAGGCAUGCUGAUUGUGUUCUUAGAGCAAGGAGGAUGAGGAACUUGUUGGCUGUUACCUCAAUGAUUGUGGGAUAUGCAGCAAGAGAUGAGAUGGGGGAAGCACGGAGCCUUUAUGAUUUGGCCGCUGAGAGGAAUUUUGUGAUGUGGAUUGCUGUUAUAUCUGGUUAUGUGAGGCUGCAGAGAUGUGAGGAUGUUUUUGCUUUGUUUUGUGAGUAUGCAACAGUGGAUCGACAAGGGUGAUCCUCGUCAGCAUGCUUGUUGCAUGUGCUGUGCAAGCUGAAGUUGGUCCUGGGAAACAAAUUCAUGGAUACAUGUUGAGGUUUGGGAUUAUGAUUUAUGAUGGAUAAGAAGGUGUGAUGAGGGGUAGUUUAGUCAAGCAAAUUUUGUUUCAACCAUACUCUAAUUCAACCAAACCAAGGAAACUGGGCUAUAAUUUUU